AUAACGCAGGGUCUCUGUGUUUAUGUUCUACUUUGUGUAAAAAUGAUUGCGGUUUUUAUGGAUACAAUCCUUUAUUAAAGAAAUGCCGUCUUCACAAGAAGGUCUUUAACACUGGAGUUUCUGAUGAAGUCGGUUGGAAAUACUAUUCUUAUAGUGGUAUAAAUACAGAUUGCAAGGGCCAUUUUCUACAUGGACAGACACAGUCCGGAGUCUACACCAUAAAUCCAUUUCGUAACGAAACCAAUAUCACCGUGUACUGCGACAUGGAAACCGAGGGCGGAGGUUGGACUGCAAUACAGAAACGGGGGAGUGGAUCUGAGAGUUUCAAUAGAUCGUGGGUGGACUACCAGAAUGGUUUUGGAGAGGCUAACGACUCUUAUUGGAUUGGAAAUGAUUUGAUUCAUGAAUUGACCAAAGGAAAUGACUCGUCCCUGUACAUCUCCAUUUCAUUACAAAAUGGCAACACUUUUUAUGAACGCUAUCAACUAUUCUCCAUUGCUGAUGAGACAGAUGACUACAGACUCCUACUCGGGGGACCAGCCAAUGGGACCCUGGGUGACAGCAUGUUGAACCCUAAUUUCCAAGGCAAGGAUCUGUCAGGAAUGCCAUUCAGUGCUCCAGACAGGGAUAACGAUAAAUGGGGCGGAGGUAGCUGUGCUGCUUAUCGUGAGGGAGGCUGGUGGUUUAAUAAUUGCCACUGGGCCUUCCUUAACGGACCCUGGGCCCCAGCUUACUGGCACAAUCUGUGGUAUCCAACUGUCAGGAACGGGGACUCUGUAACAGAGAUCAAAAUGUUAAUCAAGCGUCACUAAGAAAACACAUGUCAUUCUUUAUAUAAAUUGUACAUUUUUGUAGAUCAUUUUUAUUGCUAAAUUAAGGCUACGCAACAGGAGGGAACCUCAAUUUCACAUUGAAAUGUAAAGUAAAAAUCUUUGAAAGUCUUUUUUUCACGAAUUACUUGGGCCGAAGACUGAAACUUACAUGGAAGGUGGUGUUGAAUCUACAAUUUCAAAAUCAAAUCCAUGCGUGGGGUGUAAUUGUGCCACAAUAGGUAUCACAUAAAAGAAAUAUGUUUAAAAAUAGCAUGACCAAAAUAACUCGGGUUACCGAUAUGGCACAUGGGCCUCCUGUUGAUAAUUUUAUGUGUGAUUUCUUUAAUUAUAUGAUAUAGCAGGUGUUUGGUUAACUAGAGAUACUCCCUUUUGUCGUUGAUGUUUUUUCUUAAUGUAUAUUCUUUUCAAAUGCUGAUAAACAAAGAAAAUGAAAUGUGCGAAUAAUUUGUUU